GGGCUCUGGGCUGCAUCUCCCUCCCAACACAGGCUGGAAUGGUUCGGGGAGCUGGGGCUGCGCUGGUACGCACUGCCUGCUGUGUCCAACAUGCUGCUGGAGAUCGGGGGGUUGGAGUUCCCAGCAGCACCCUUCAAUGGUUGGUACAUGAGCAGCGAGAUCGGCACCAGGAACCUCUGUGACAGCCACCGCUACAACCUGCUGCAGGAGGUGGCCCUGCGCAUGGGGUUGGACACACGUAAGACUUCGUCCCUCUGGAAGGACAAGGCUGCCGUGGAGAUGAACAUUGCUGUGCUGCACAGCUACCAGGAGGCCAAAGUGACCAUCGUGGACCACCAUGCAGCCACCGAGUCCUUUGUGAAGCACAUGGAGAAUGAGCUGCGGACACGGGGAGGGUGCCCGGCCGACUGGGUCUGGAUCGUGCCCCCCAUCUCGGGCAGCCUCACGCCCGUCUUCCACCAGGAGAUGGUCAACUACCAGCUCUGCCCCACCUUCCGUUACCAGCCCGAUGCCUGGAAGGUGUACGUCUCCAAGGGCACCACAGUCACCAGGAGGAAGACCUUCAAGGAGGUUGCCAAUGCGGUGAAGAUCUCGGCCAAGCUGAUGGGGCACAUG